AUGGGGAAACAUAUAUCUAUCGAGAAGUCUAUCGACAAAGGCCUGGUGAAUAAUCCAGGAGAACCCAGUAGUAAUACCGAAGAUGCCAUCGUCUUAGAAAAUCUCGGCUACAAACCUGUAGGAAAACGUGAUUGGCGAUGUGUCUCUACCAUCAAACUAAACCAGUAUUUUAGGUUCUCCAUCGAUCCUUCAGUUUAUUCCACAACUUUUCAACCUCAUUCGGUGUGUAUCUCCAAUCCAUCCCGCCAUCCAAAUACUCAGACUACUCACACCUCAAAAAACCACUCUUUACUUCGUCGCGGUGUUCGUGUUACCUUUUCGACUGGUAUAGCCGCGGGCGACAAUCGAGCCUACUGGACAAAUUUCAUCACCAGCUGUGUUUCACCUUCAUCACUGCGGCUGUCAUCGCAGAGAUAUGCUCAUCAUCCAUUUAUCUAUGAGCGACCGAAGCUUGCGGCCCUCGCUUGGGUCGACUGUUUGGCUUUGUGGUCGCGUGGUGGAGCACAACUGCUUGGACAAGUUUCUGUGCGAGAAAUCUUAGUAUUCAACAUACACUUCCCAUCCGAGAGUUCCGACGUCAAGUUUCGCGCGCUGCAGUGGUUCACAACCGAGAUCAUGUCAGCCUUAGCUGCAACAUGGAAUCUCCUACCUCCUCGUUACUUCAAAUGGAUAUUUUAUCUAUCGACUUCAUUCGUUAUCCUCGGUUUCCUCUUGAAUAUCAUUUGGCUACCUCUCGCAACGGCGCGGACAAUCGGUAUUAGAUCUCCUCAUGAUGCGUUUAUAACUACCUAUAACGGUACAGGUGCUCCGGAUGCGUGGCAUUGGUGUCUUUCAUGUUUAGCCACGGCAGGAAUCUUGAUCGGUUUUGAUGCUUCGGGUCAUGUAGCUGAGGAGACGAAAAAUGCAGCAGUCACAGCUGCACGUGGUAUAUUAUGGAGCACGAUUAUUAGUGGUAUUGGUGGGUUUGCUGUUGUGAUUCUUUUUCUCUUUUGCGUGUAUGACUCGAGGAUUCUGAUAUUUCCACUGCCUGACCCCGAUACAUUCUUUUCCUUUGGUGGUCCACAGCCAUUCGUUCCACUGUAUGCUGUGAUUCUCGAAGAUGACGGGCACAUCUUCAUGAACAUCAUCUUUAUCGUGGCCCUUUGGCUCAAUACUGCCAUUGCAGUGUUAGCAGCAUCUCGCUUACUGGGUAUCCAAAAUCGUCAAUGGCCAGCCCAGAAACGCAAUUCUGGUGGUCUGAGGCGUAUCAGCUAUCAUAAAUUGUACCAUCCUACCUUCCACUUUAGCCUUUAUCUCUCUCGUUUCUGCUGCGGGAGUACCAUCAACAGCUACCUACAAUCUCAUUUGUCUCGGUCAUCUUUUCUGACCUUUCCAAAACCGGCUUGGAGUCUAGGUAGACUUAGUAAGCCGUUUCAGGCAAUUGCCGUGCUUUGGAAUGCAUGGGUACUGGCUAUUUUAUACUCGCCGUAUGUUUGGCCUGUAGAAGCAGAUACACUCAACUAUGCACCUGUGAACAUGGUUGCGACAACUAUCUUGGCGUUGAUUUCUUGGUGGGUUACUCCGGCUGAACGAUGA